ACUUGUUUGUUAACAAGGGAAGGUGGAAGCGGCUAACCUCAAGUGACACCAAGUCUGAGAAUAGCGCCCAGAGCAGCUGGCCCUGUGCUGCUUCUUACGUGUUAAAUUUCUUUCUUGGGUAUGAUGGUUAUAGGGUUACAGCCUGUUGCAACCUAAGUUGAAGCUACCAUAGUUAAGCGGGCCUAAAGUAGAUAGUUGGAGACGACUUCACAGUAUUGCCUUGAUUUGGCCGGUUCCUCGCAACCGCGAUACAAACCUUGCCGAGGUUUGGCACCUGCAAUGGCCCAGAGCUGUCGAUGAGCCGUGAGGACCUACGGUGAGGAAGCUACCCGGGCUAUUACUACGGCGUUUCAACGCAGUGGGCUCGCUGUAUGAAACGCCGCUACGCUGCAGCUGACAGGCCAGUCGAAGGUUGCUGUUGAGCAGCCAACGCGGCUCAAGCAGCGUUGUCGAUAGGCGUAUGUUCGCAUACAUACAUGGACGAUUCGUCAUCAUCGUCUACAUUAUAUCCACGCCAAAAUCCAGCUGGCGCUACAAGCCGGCGCCAUCCUAACGGCCUGCCAUCGCGGCAGCCUUCUGGUGCAACACCUGGGCUACCCUUCCUGAACGAGUUGGCGAGCCGAUAUCCUGUGCGGCAAGCCCGGGAUGGAGGACCUGAAGUUGCUCUAGUCUCCGGUCAACUUUACGUCAGCAAACGGUUAUGCGAUGCCAUGGGAGGGCUCCGGACCCAACAAGGUCGCCGGCAAUCAUUGCAAACUGAAGCCUCGGACAUCUCUGGGCGCUCUGGACGCUCUGCACGCUCCGACUACCUGAACCAACCGGAGAGCCCUUGGCUGCUGUUGGCAUCCUCAUCCUCACGGGGGAAGCUGCAGCAACAAUUUUGCCCGGGCGGGAGCUUCCUGUUACAACGAAGGGCGGAAAAAGAGGAACGAAGGUUGCACAAGCAACGACAGGAGCAAGAACAGUUGCUGUUGCAGCAGCAGCAAAGACAGGCGGGUGCCAGCGCGGAUGACUCUGGUGGUGGCCACCGGAAUCCUGACGGCGGGCAGCCACAUCAGCUCCAAAGAGGAUUCGCGGCCUGGGGCUCCCGACCCAGUUCAAACUUGGGGGAUGCCGCCAGCCCUGCCCCGAUUAGCGGCGUUGCUCAUGGCAGUAGCACCAACGCCAGAAGCCCUGCCGUCGGCGGUGCAAGUGGGUCGGGCGCACACGGGGUCUACAAUGGCCUUAAAACUCGCCUGGAGGGAGUAGAGAGAUGGCUGGCGUCACACGACGGCAUACCCCCGACAUUUGAGGAGGACGAGGAGUAUGCACGAUUUGGGUCGGCUGAGGAAUCGGUUGAGGAGGUUGGUUUGCCGUACUAUCAGUACGGCGGGAUCGUUAGAGCGUGCGGCAAGGCCGUUUCCUCUGGCGGCGCUGCAGCAGCAAUGUUGGCGCCGCAACAACAACGUGGUGUCACGCGGGUCGCUUUUGCUCAGCAGCAGGAAUGCAAAAGCGAUGUUGGGGGCGGUACGAUUCCUGCUCGUCCUAGACGGUAUUGAGCUUUGACGCGGUGUCAACAUGUCAGUUCCGUGCGUUUUUUUGUUCACUGGUGUAACACAUUGUGCCGUUGUCGCGUUGGCGUAGGCAAUUGAGAUGACGAGCACUGUUUGAGCAGGCAUAGGAACAAGAAACUUCGCUAGCGAUUUGGGUCACAAUUUUUCUCCCGUUUAGCGUUCGGCAUGCUCGGAUGUUGAGUGUGGGUCCCCCGUCGCCGCGAUAUUGUCGUAGAGCCAGUUGUGGGUUUGGGGUGUUGCGCGCGCACGUUCUGUGAGCCAAACACAGCGCCCUGGGAGAUAGGCGCAUGUCCGGAGGCUUGCUGGGGCAGAGCCUACCUCUGGCGGGGUAUCGUAGUGAAUGCCGCAAGCCCACAACGUCCCUAAGAAGAGUAGUUGUGCUUCGUACAGCGCCUGUUGGAAUGCACCACGGCUUUCGUUUUGGCACCUGACGCAGUCGUGCUCUCAGCAGCGGCGCCACCUGCUGCCUCCUACGGCCUGCCUCCGCCUCAGGCAGCCUGGCCAGAAGAGGCGCCGGGGUCUGCAUCCGGCCACCCCAGCAGCAGUUGUGUGUUGAUCACAGAGUUGCCGUGGUGUCUGCGGCGAAUCAAACUCGCUGGUUGCAACCAGCGACACUCGCACUCCAUUGUGUAUGUCAUGGAGGUUCGAGCGUGCUGUCGAGCUCCUUCAUAGUUGAGAGCGCCCCUUGGUAUACUGCGUGCCUGACAAAACACGUGAGGGAACUAUCUGCGUCGAGCUGUCUGUGCUUCAAACCUCUUAUCCUUAUAUCCCUAUACAUGGGAAUUUAUCCGAGUCUAGGUUAUGUUGCCCGUUUACUUCUGUGGCGGUUUUGCGCGAUGUUGUUGCUUGCUCCUUUUGAAGUUCUGGGCACUGGUAGUUAGGACGUACAGGAGGCACGUACAGCUCGGAAAGCCGGAGCAGCAGUUGGUUGGUGUUGUUAGGUCUUGACUUGCUGCUUUUGGGGGUAGGUACUGGGAAGUAUACUUGCUCAACGCAUGGGUGCAGUUGAACGUGACAUGUUUUUGAGUCUUGGAUGGAAGUGAAGCCUUGGUUAUAUGUUUGUCUGACAGGAAAUACUGACAGGAAUACUGGCAGGAAACUCCAGACUUUGGCAGCUUACGGUUGCGCCUUUAGCUCAGCUUUGAAGCAGCGGUGGCGCCUUCUUUCUUCCUUACUCAGUGUGGCACAGCCCUUGGAUUGUAUUAGUAUUGAAUUGACUUGUUAACUGUCCAGACAGGAGACUGUUGCAUUGCGACAGAGAGCAAUGUGCAUGGAUGUGUUUUCUUGUUCCUAUGCCUGGGGGGAGGCACAGUUGCAGAGGGGGAGACACAGGAGGGCGGGUUAAUGACUGGUCUAAACCUUGCAUGUACCGCCGGUGCGAUGAACUUCUUACAGUCGUUCCAUGAACUGUAUUAUUAUACCUGUCGAGCUAUCUCUUCAGGUAUUCAUGCUCGAGGUGGUGGGAGAUUUAGAGCAGGUAGGAUAGAGGAUGAAAGAGAGCGCUGCCAAUCGUUUGGUCUGCAUGGAGACGCAUUGACGCUUUC